AUGGUUCCGUUCCAAGAGCUGACGUGGUAUAAGGAAGCAUCCGUGCCAGGAAACCUAUCCGAGGAGGAAAAAGCGUUGCUCUUCUGUUUCCCCUUGCAGAAGUAGAAGCUGGAAAAGAGCAUCAGAGAGCUGCACGCUAGCCAAGUGGACGCGACCCAUAAGAUGCCCGCCAAGACCAGCCUGGUGGCCGGCGCCUCAGACGCCGUCCCUGGCGUCUUAAGCAUCUUGGGUUUGGCCCUGGUACCCGUGACGGUAGGGGGGAGUCUGAUGCUCUCAGCGGUGGGGCUGGGCCUGGGGGCAGCCGCUGCUGUCGCCAACAUGUCGACGAGUGUCUUACAAAAUGGAAGCAAUAUGGCAGCCAGAGGAAGAGCCAGCCGACUGGUGCCUAUGGAAACGACGACGGAGUACAAAGCUUUUGAAGAAAUAAGGCUGUCUGAAAUCAGUGUCGUGUGCGUUGAUAGGUGUGUCAGACUCAUCAAGAAGGUCAAGGGACUUCGUGCCUCCCAGAUGGCCAAAGCCAACUCUGGCUUCGUGGCUAUAGGCCAUACGGCCAUAAGCCGUCUCCCCUUCUGGAGGGCCAGAGGGCUGCAGAGAGCAGCUGAAGGCUCAGUCCUGUCCGUGAGCAAAGGUGUCCGGGUGCCGGGCGCUGCCGGGGCUGGCUUGUCACCUUUGCAAGACGUGCAAAGCCUCCUGCAGAGCCGGAAGCACCUGGAGGAGGGGGCGAGGGCGAGGACACUCGCCAAGGAGCCGGAGCAGGAGCUGAGGCAGCUCACCCGGCACCACAAGCUGACCAUCCAGGGGCGGGGCUGUCGGAGAAGCCCGUUCCUGAAGGAGGAGGUAGGAAGGGGGUGCGGAAGGCAGACGUGGUCCCCGUCUUCCUAG